UCAUUUAUAACAUAAUGCAGUAUCUAUUUACAGAGUGGGAAUGAGUAAAUCCAAAUCAAUUAACUGUUUGAUGCUACAUUGAACGGGAAAAUUGACCUCUAAGGUUGACUUAAUUCGUGUAGUUGGUGCCCAGCGAAGCAGCAAAUUACAAGGCAAAGACCUCCAAGCGCAGAGGAGAAGCUGAAGGAAAUGCCAUCCAGAGGACCUGGGUGGAUUGAUCAUAUUGUUAAAUAAAUAUUUGUUUAUCAACAGAUUGUUUUAGACAUCAGACAGAUAUCAAUCACAUGUUAAAGUAGUUGGUACUCUGAUAAAGACGCAUUCAUGAAUUAUUGCCGAUUUGAGAGAAAUAUAGUCAUUUUGUCUUGCUAUUAUUGGCAAAUAGAUCAAGUUCAUGUAACGUAGAUGAUACUGUUGAGUUUAUUUUUAUAAAAUGUUGCACGCUUAAUGAAUACAAUAUUAAUUGGCGACAAAAGUAAUACAAGCAUGACAAAUGAAUACAACAAAGUAGUUUGUUCAGAGCAGUCUCUGAUAUUCCUAGCCUACGGUGUGGAUAUGUUUCCACGUAGUACCUCCACGUGUAAACAGAAAGAUGAUGCACAGAACAGUGUACUGCACAUCAAAUUACAUGCAUUGCAACAAGAAGCAAUAUUUUCGAUAAAAUAGAACCAAAGUGAGAAGGUUUAGAAACAGGAUAUGUUUCUCACCUCUUUCCUUUAACAUGGAUAUUCUGCAGAUAUCCAUAGUGUCCCUCUGUCCAGCAUGUUAUCGUGGCAAUGUUGUUGCUAAAUGAUCUGUUCAAAAUGAACUGGGCAUUAUGUAGUCCGAAUUUAUAGAGCAUUUUACAACAUUCCUCAGAUAUUCUUCAUAAUAAAGUGUCACCUCGUGAAAACCACAUGUACAACUGCAAUGGAUGGCCAUCUUCGAGAGUAAUGUGAUUCAUAGAAUAUGAAUGGCUAAGUCAUGGCUAAGUCUUGCCAUGGAUAGCGUGUGUCCCUCCAACAUAGAGGAAAUUAAAUAAAACGGAGUAUCCUGUGCCACCAACAACAGUAAUUAAUCAUUGACAUUUACUCACAUUUACCCUGGGCCUUACAGUCUGAAGCAACAGAAUAACAGAAUGAGUCUGGCAAGCUCAUAGGUGCAGAGAAUAUUAAUUUGAGAAACAUUAUUUUUUUCCAGAGCCACAGCAUUAACAUUUGGCGACUGUUAAAAUGUCGUUUGGAAGGGACAGUUAGUGAGCGUUUUCCACCAGGGGGCUGAAAUGAGGUCUGUGACACUUCAGGCCCUGUCGCCUUCACCCUUAGCACUGGCUGCUAACCCUCAUGUGAAGUGCAGCAGGUGUUAAAACACACUCUGCCAUAGAGCUACUCACUGCUAAUGAGUCCUGUCUCCUUAAAUUCUCUGGUCCACUGAUGCUUCCAUGCACAUGGGCUUUAUUGUUAGCGUAGGCCAGUUAGAGCAAUGGCAUGAUUACAUCCGAAGAUGAAAAAAAUCGUGUAAGACUGACCAUUACAAGGUACCUCCACCUGGAGGAGCCACGAAUGUAAAGGCAUGUCAUGCUGCAACCAUGUCAUGCUGCAACGAAUUUCAAUGUGUACAAUAUGUUACGAAUUUGCAAAACGUAUGAUAUAUGAAUUCCUAGUCACCUAACUUCAGCUAGGUGACUAACGCUAACAUUGGCUAGAUGGUUAAAGUUAGCUAGGCUGGGGGUCAAGGUUAAGGUUCGGGUUAUGUUAUUAAGAUUAGGGGAAGGGGAAGCUAACAUGCUAAGUUGUUGCAAUGUUGCUAAUUAGCUAAAGUAGUCCGUGAUGAGAUUCGAACACACAUCCUUUGAGUUGCUAGAGGUUCGUUCCACCCAUCCCACUUGAACAACUUUUGUUUUCGUCAACUCUCUGAUGUAACCAUACCAAACAUAACAUAUCAUACUAAUUUGAAUGUCCCGGAUUUAUCUUUACUAUGUUAUGUCUCGUCUAUGACCAAACGCUUCUCCAAGUCAGCAGUGUCCUUAAAAGCUGUGAUUUUCAAUUUGGAAUUGCAUUUAGUCUGAUUGUAAUAAUAGCAUGGAACACAAUUUGGUAUUCUAUUGUUCUGUAUUAUUCUUAAUGGAAAAUAUAGGUUGAAAAGAAUUAAUUAAAUCGUUACAUGAAAUGCUAAUUCAUAUUUGCCCUGUUCGAGAAUUGAGGAUUUUGUCAAAACAAAUAUUAUUGUAAACAAAGUUAAUUACAAUGCCAUUUGAGAAAGACUAUAUAUCUACUGGUAACGACUUGAUAUGCAUGUUGUUAUAUUUAAAUAUCAGCAGGCCUAUGUUUUAGAUUGGGUUACUUGACAUUUUCUUCAGUGAAACUGUAUUCAUGUGAUUAUUUAUCUUUUGUCGUGCUUUUCCUUGGAAUUAAAUACAUUUUAAAUCUGUUAAUGGUCUGAAAUGUAGGCCUAUUGCUCAGAACACGCAUGUUCAUCUUUAGAAUUCCAGUUUGCAGAUACUAUAAUCGGGGGAAAUAAUGACAGUUAUCAGUCGCACCCACCAAGUGCCCAUAAAAAUCUGUCCUCUGUUCUGGAAGAUGAUAAUUAUUGGUUGUACUAUUAUCAUUUUCGCUGUAGAUAGAGGAUACCUUUAAGUAUUUUUCGAAUGUAAUUCCAGAUAUAAAUGACUUGAAAUUGGGCAAUUUUAAAUGAGAGAAGUGCAGUUUUCCUUAUAAGCCUUAAUAUUUUAUAGAAUUCUUCAAAUCCAGAGAUCCACUGUCAGACGCACAUCGCAGACUAGAUAUUGCUCACCAUAAUGUUAGCGCUCGCAUUUUCAAAACACAUUUUUAAGUUGCUUGUUCUGCUUCGAGUUCAAUUAUGCAAUUAGGUUGAUAAUCACAGUGACGGAAUUUAACUACCUUUAAUUUGUUAUUCAGGUGGGUAUUUUGAGCUGCCGGGGAACCGGCUAGUUGUGAUUUUGGUUUCAGAUCGUCUACAGCAGACGGACUCUAUAACGUACAUUGUACAAUAAAAUGAAGAUUUGGAUACUUUUUGCUUCUUCGUCACCCUGAAUGAGUAGUACGCAAUGGAUAUUGGGGAUGUGCGUUCUUUUUCCUCACAUGAUUAUCGAUUAAGUAAGUGCAAAUAAUGCCUAAUCGCUGUUAACUUAAUCUCAGUGCUGAUUGAAAUGUGGAGCCCAUUUGUUCUUACUGUAUAGCUACUGUCAACUCAACUGACCAACGUUCAUACAUGCCCUGUUAUAUGGAUCAGCGUGGGUUUUUGACGGGGGGUUUUCUCUCCGGAAACUGAGCCAAUAACAAAGGGAAACAGCCUACUCUUUAGUCAGUCGUCAGUUCAGUUAAAUCAAACGUGCUCGGGAAAAUCAUUGUUCAACGUCUAUGGUCUUAAUGGAAAACUGUCCACACCCCCCAUCAACCUGGCUGGGGAUUAAAUUAGUUGAAGGAGGCUAUGUUAAAUGUUAGGUUUAUUUACGAUUAAAUUAGCCUACAUUAUUAUGUUACAGAGUAAAUCAAAAUGUUUAAUUGAACUUGAUGUGUUUUGAAUUUCACGACAAAACAUGAUGCCGACGGAUUUACCAACUGCUGCGGUAAAUGGUGGCUGUUGGCUGUUGGGCAAAAUAUUGUAUAGAGGAGAUGAUAUAUAGGGCUGCAUGACUCCAUAUUUAAUACGGUAUUAUAUCAAGUAUAUAAUUCCCAUUAAUGGCAACUGAGAAUGAAUACUUUAGUUAUUGUAUUGCGAGAGCUGGGCAAUAAAUUGAUCAGCCAAAGGUCACCCAAUCCGUGUUCCAGCAAAGCUAUUGCAUAAUGUAGGCCUAAUCCUAAUGAAAAUGUACUGGACAAGAAUUUGGAAAUGGGUGACUUUAAUUUGAAAAUAAGUUAAAAUAAAUGAAAUAUAAUCCCACCAUUGUCAAAACAAAACCUGUUAAAAUAUGACACUUAUAAAUAAUGUCUUAACACUGCUGCCACAUCAGCCUCAAAUGAACGACACAUUAUGUUUCAUUCGUUUUGUUUGAUUACCCACACAUUAAUCAUUUGGGGAUUUGCUAGUUGUGUAGUGUUUUACAUCGGUUGACAAUCUAGCUAAUUAGAUACAAAGAUGAUUGUUUUGUAAAUUGAUAACGCACGUUCAUGGUCACCAUGAUGUACCCCGCAUCAAAAACGACUCAGGGCAAACAUAACGGUUUGUUAAGUUAAAGGAUUCCUGGAGGCAUUUUGUUUUUGGUCAUGAAAUGAUUGCACAAUAAAAUGCUGGAGAGAUGUUGCAUAGACAGCCCAAUAGGAAUCUGGUUUUACAAUUAUUACGUUUAAGGUGUUCAUUUUCACAACAAUAUAUUUACGCACGUAGCAUAGGCUAGACUAGUCAUUGCUUUAAAUGCAUAAAUUCAACCAGGACUUCUUUGCUCAGAUAAUUGAGACCACGAGCUAUUGCAAGUGUUAAAUAAAUGGCUAAUUAUGCGUAUGAAAAUUAAACAUCACUGUUAUGCUAAUUCAGCUCGCUUCAGCUGUGGCUCAGAGCACUUGAGACUGGCAUGUAAUCAAACGGACCUGUAAGAUAUACAUCUGUGCAUGUGAACACCAAAAGAUGCUGGCAAUAAUGAGCCAAUCUAUAACGAUUUUUCAGGAGAUAUCGAAAUAAUAUCUAAUGCGAAAUAAAACGUCGUUUUUCUGUUAAAUAGUACGCCUCAAAGCUACACUUAAAUGUGUUCAUACUGCUAUUUAUGAACAUACAUCUUUGUUGUUGUAGUGUGAUUAAUUUGGAUGAAACAGUUCUUAGAUAAUAACACUAUGCAAACUGUUUCUUAAUGUUUAAAUGAACAGCAGGCCUAUCAACAUAACAUGAUCUAUCCGUAGCCUAUGUGUGAUCGAUCACAGAAUAGGCUAUUUCUUUACAAUUUGAUUAUUAUUAUUAUUAUCAAAUAGGCUAGAUUUAAUUGUGUGUUGUUUAUUUUAAAGCAGACAUUUUGGAUGUUAGUGUUUAUUUUGCUUAUACCUUUCCCUGCUACCUAAGCACUUAAAAAAUACAUCUCAGACCUGAAUCUGCAGGUCUUGUUGUUUUUCUUGAGUUUAUCAGGUCCUUCGGACACAACCCCAGGAUCGCCAAUAGGCAUCAUUCUUGGAUAGAGUGGACCAAUCAGCGACCGCCUUUGAUGAAUAUUCAUGAAUCCCUGAUUCAAACCUUUGAGCGAGUUUGUCUAGACCACUGCAUCAUGCCUAGACUUUUCACAGAGACAAACUACAUUUUCUUAUGAAUGGAAAGAGAAAAAAUCAGUACAGCUUAAAUUGGGAUCCAUCCUUCACUGAGAUCAUAGAAGAAAACAAAAAAGGAAGAGGAGAGAUCCGCCAGAAGAGAUGACAAUGACUACAAUACCAGAAAGUCUUAAUAGCCCUGUCUCAGGAAAAAACGUUUUCAUGGAAUUUGGGCCACCGAGUCAACAAAUGUCGCCUUCCUCAAUGUCUCACGGACACUAUUCCAUGCACUGUUUACAUUCUGCGGGUCAUACGCAACACGAGAGCUCGUACAGUCCAGCCUCAUCAUUUCCUAGAUCUUUAGGUUAUCCAUACGUUAACUCCGUCGGCAGCCAUUCCUCAAGUCCAUAUCUCAGUACAGUGCAGUCGUACCAAAACAACUCGACACUAACACAGACACGGUUAGAAGAUACAGCACAAGAGACAGAGAAGAACACAGUUGUAGAAGGCGGAGAGGUGCGGUUCAAUGGGAAAGGGAAAAAGAUUCGCAAACCAAGGACUAUCUAUUCCAGUUUGCAGCUACAGACUCUAAACAGACGAUUUCAACAAACUCAAUAUUUGGCACUGCCAGAGAGAGCCGAGCUCGCAGCUUCGAUGGGACUCACGCAAACACAGGUAAAAAUUUGGUUUCAAAAUAAGCGAUCGAAGUUCAAGAAACUGAUGAAGCAAGGUGGUGGCACGAUAGACACGAACGCUUUAGCCCAGUUUAAUGGUCACGGACCUACGACUGGAUCUCCGGUAGCACCAGUUUGGAACUCACCGACCACCGUGAAAACAUCCGUGGGUGCACCAGGGUCUUACAUUCCAAGUUAUACCUCAUGGUAUCCAACUGCACACCAAGAGUCUAUGCAGCAACCGCAACUCAUGUGAACAUAACUGUGAGCUGAUAGACCUGUCCCGCCCUAUACUGCCAUGGCCCAUAUCAGGAGAUUUUGGGUCAACAACCCAGCGUGGCCUUGCACUGGCCCGCUGUAGCCAUGCACAGAUGUAAUCCGGAGUUUGCUCUCAAAGUUGCCAGAUGACAUAUUGGCCUCUUCAUACCGAACGACGGCACAGAGAAUAGCCUGGGAGCCGAGAGACUGAAAAGGGCACUGUCUGCGCCCAAGGGCAAGAAGUCCUGUCAUGUCCACGACAGAUACCGGAAAUUGUUUUGACAAAUGGUUCCUCAAGCUGCUGUUAUUAUCUUUUGUGAAAUUUUAAUAGGCUAUGUGUUAGACGAAAUAUAUUUUGCUGUAACAAGUCAGUGAGAGUAUAUUCAUGUAUACUAUGUUUGGUUUUAAGAUUGGCUACAUUUCUUAUCCCAAUGAUGAUAAAAAUAGGCCUAUGAAGCCGUGUAUUACCAAGGCUUAUCAGAUGUAGGCUAGGCCUCUACAGCUCCAACAAAGGUCAACAUGGUGAUUUGACCAUGACCUUAAAACCUAGCCUUUAAACAGACAAACCCCCAUUGGUCUAUGAUGUAACUUUGACCAACGAAUGUAGGCCAAUCCAAUGAAUCAUUUCAAAAAUAGCCUCGUCAUUUUUAUCUGCAUGGAAUCGAAUCUUCAGUCCGUUCCUUAGUUUUCACAGCCCGAGUUGCCCGCGCCCUUUGCGCAUGCUACCAUGCUGUCUUUGUAUGUUAAUUUAAGUUAAAUUAUUUCGGGUUUUUUCAAUGUCUGUGUCUUUAUUUAAUAUGCAGUGUGUUUGACUUAUGAAACGACAACAACGUGUUGUUAAUAAAACGUUUAAAUGAUGAUUGGCUGCUUGAGAAGAGCAUUAACGUGAUCCCGAUGAUAAAGAUAUGGUUUGUCAUUGUUUGUUAUGUGUUGAGCGGUUGGAUGUACAUAAGGACAAUAUAAUAGGCAUUUUUCAGCUUUGGUUUGUGCUGUAAUCUAUAUGUUGUGAAAUAGGAUUUUUUUUAAAUAGGAUUUUUUUUUUUUUUACAUGUGUUCAUUAAGAUGAAUGUGUUUAGCAAUCUAGAAAUAUUUAGUUUUGUAUUGAUCACUUUAAUUUAUUGCUUUGUUUUAUGGAAGUUGUGUACAUAAUGUUGAAAACAGUAAAGCUAUGAUUUAAAAGGCCA